AUGAGCAACUUUGGCAAGGCCUAUUGGAAGCGAAUUCAUGAUAACUUUCAUGCGAACAAAAAAUUUGCAUCUGAUAGGAAUGCGAACUCUCUUGAGCAUCGGUGGGCGACAAUUCACAAAGAGUGCCAGAAGUUUCAAGGCUUAUAUGAUGAGGUUGAGCGCCGCCAUCCUAGUGGAGUGCCAUACCAGGAACAUUUGCUAGAAGCUCAAAAAUUAUAUGCUGGUGGAAAGAAGAAGCAGGGCUUUCCUUUCCUUCAUUGUUGGCAGAUGAUUAGGCAUAGCGAGAAGUUUGUGCCCCCUGUCACCAACAAAAAGCCUAGGGAAAGCAAUUCACUACCAGGAACAGUGGAUGUGUUUGAUCUAGAAGAUGCUAUGCCUAGCAGUAAAAGGCCUAUGGGGAGAAAGCAAGCUCAGGAGAAGCUGAAGAAAGGAGGAGAACAAAUGGAUUAUAGCUUGAUAGAGAAAGUUCUUUCAGACAAAGAGAAAGUUAGAGAGGAUAGGUGGCAAGAGAACAAGAUGAUGCAUGAGCACAGAUUAGCACUUGAAGAGCGCAAGAUUGCAAAUGAGGCGGACAAAACGCUAUGGGAGAAAGAACAAAAGAUUAUGUUUUGUGACCUUGAGAAAUUAGACCCCUCCCAGAAGACAUAUGUGAUAGCAAUGAGGGCUCAGAUUGCAGCACAAAAGAUGGCGGCCUUCAACAGCGCUUUCGCUGGUAGCAGUGGAGGACAUGAAGCUAGUGGUGGAGGAGAAAUUUGA